AUGGACGCCGUGAGCGAAAUCGCGUCGUCGAGCGCGCUCGCGGGCGCGCUCGCGGGGCCGCUGGGCAUCGCUCGAGGGACGGAGGCGACGGCGGCGACGGAGACGACGGCGGCGAGCGCGCGCGCGAACGAGGGCGCCGACGCCGACGACGCCGACGACGCCGACGACGCCGACGACGCCGGAACGCGAGCGCUGGAGAGUCAAGGGCGCAUAGUCUCGCUGCUGGCGAGUUUUGAGCGCGGGACGCCGAUGAUGGCGCUGUUCUUGAUGAUUUUCUUUUAUAAACACUUCGCGCAGCUCGCGUUCGUGGGGUGGUUGACGUACGCGCUGCUGCGGGCGAACGGACGGACGGUGACGGAGGUGGCGAAAAGAGAGGCGAGGAAGGUGGCGGACGUGGGAGCGGUGAUGGUGGCGCUGCUCGCGCACUUGCUCGUCGUGUGGACGAUGACACCGACCGGGCGACGGGCGCGAGGGAUGUUUCAGGAACCGGCGGGAUUUUGGACGUGCGCGUUUGACGUCGCGGCGCUCGAUUUGUGCGCGAGCGCGUGCUGA